AUGGCCAAGUCCGCCCCGUCAAUCGCAGUCAAGGACCUCUCCUAUAAAUUCCAAGAUGGCUCCGAGGGCCUGGAGCACGUUACCCUUGAUCUUCCUGCCGGAAGUCGAACCCUUCUAAUCGGCGCAAACGGCGCAGGCAAAACCACCCUCCUCCGCCUCCUCUCCGGCAAACGCCUCGCACCCACAAACACCGUCUCAGUCGGCGGCGUAGACCCCUUCAAAGACAGCCUCGAAGGCGUAACCUACCUCGGCGUAGAAUGGGUCCUGAACAGCAUCGUCCGCACGGACAUCGACGUCCCCACCCUCCUCGCCUCCGUCGGCGGGAACGCCUGGCCCGAACGCCGCGACGAACUAGUCGAUAUCCUCGACAUCGAUCUCCGCUGGCGCAUGCACGCCGUCUCGGACGGUGAGCGGCGCCGUGUCCAGCUCGCAAUGGGUCUCUUACGACCCUGGACCGUGUUGUUGCUUGACGAAAUCACCGUGGACCUGGAUCUGCUUUCGCGGAGCAACUUCCUCGCGUUCUUGAAGAGGGAGACCGAGUCUAGACCGUGUACUAUCGUCUAUGCGACGCAUAUCCUGGACAAUCUGGCGCAGUGGCCGACUCAUCUUGUGCAUAUGCAUUUGGGCAAGGUCAGAGCUGACGGUCCGUUGGAGACGUUUUAUGAUCAGGUGCCGGAUUGGACGUCGGAGAAUAGUAGGCUUGGUGAGUUGGUAUUGAAGUGGUUGAAGGAGGACUUGAAGGCUCGUGGACCUAGGAAUGGGGUUUCGGGCCAGGCAAAGACUUAUGGGGCGACGGAUGGUAUUGGUGGGUACGGUUUGGAGAAGAGGAGUGAGUAA